AUGAAGGCUUCUUUCGCUGCCGUCCUGGCCGCUCUGGCCCCUGCUGCCCUUGCGCUGCCCACCCCGACUUCCAGCGCGUUGCCGUCAGUUAUUCCCUCGGGCCUGACUUCCAUCCCCGAGAUCACCAAGACCCACAAGAUCGGUGACCUUGCCAAGGAGCUGAACAUCAAGGACCUCCCGACCAUUACCAACAAGGGUGAUAUGGCCAAGGCUCUGAAGCAGGCCGCGCCUGCUGCCGCUAGCACGGCCCCGGCUGUGAGCAGCGGUCAUGUCGUCCAGGACCUCGGUCCUCACGUUGGAACCAUCCUCACCAUCCUGGGCCCCGACGCCCAGGUGCUCCUCAUCGAACUGAGCCCCGAGGUGGACGCCCUGGUCUCCGGCCUGGGUCUGGGUGUCCUGGGUGCUCCUCUUGGUGGCAUUGUUGCCUCUGCCAGCGGCCUUGGCGACCUUCUCGUUGGCCUGGCCCCCUACGUCGACGGCCUCGUCACCGUUGUCGGCCAGGAUGUCGGUGCUCUGCUCAUUGGUCUGUCCCCCGAGGUCGCGGGUCUGGUCUCUGGUCUCGGUCUGUCGAACCUCGGCGUUCCUCUGGGAACUGUUGUCGGCACUCUUGGCACCAGCCUGAAGAAGCGCGGCGAGAUCGUCCACGACCUCGCGCCUGAGGUCCAGAACAUCCUGAUCACCACCGGCGGCAAUGUCAAGCAGCUCCUGAUCAAGAUCAGCCCCGAGGUGGCUGCUCUCGUCAACGGCCUCGGUCUCUUUGGUGCCGCCGAACCCCUGGGCUCUGUUGUCCAUACUGCUUCCGAGGUCGGUGACCUCGUCAAGGACGUCUCGGGCCCCGCCCACGACCUCCUGAUCGUCACCGAGAAGGACGGCCAGAAGAUUCUUCUCCAGCUCUCGCCCGAGGUUGCUGCCACCGUUGCCGGCCUGGGUCUGCCUACUGUCGGCACCCCUCUGGGCUCUGCCGUUGCCACUCUUGGCCACAACCUGUAA